AUGCUGAAUUAUUCGUCCGUUUCGAAUGAGGGUAGUUCCUCAAACACAGGCGGUGGAACAUCUGGCGAUAUGACGAGACACCGGCGAGUCCGAGGCCACCAGAAAGAUGGAGGCGGCGGGGGACAGGCGUCCAUGAUCAGUAGUGUGAUCAACCUACUCAACACAAUUGUCGGUGCGGGAACUCUAGCGAUGCCUUCGGCCAUGUCACACUUUGGAAUGGUGAUGGGAAUAAUUGUAAUACUGUGGUCGGGUUUCACUUCCUCCUUCGGACUCUACCUUCAAUCGCGAUGCGCACGAUACCUCGAUCGCGGCUCCUCGUCUUUCUUCGCCCUAUCGCAGAUGACCUACCCCAAUGCUGCGGUCAUAUUCGAUGCCGCGAUAGCAAUCAAGUGCUUUGGCGUUGGCGUGUCAUACAUGAUCAUUAUCGGGGACUUGAUGCCCGGUGCUAUAGAAGGCUUUGACAGCAGGGCCGCAGAAGUACCCUUCCUGAUGGACCGCAACUUCUGGAUCACAGUCUUCAUGCUUGUCAUCAUUCCUCUGAGCUUCUUGCGACGCCUUGACUCGCUGAAGUAUACCAGUAUUGUGGCUCUCGUUGCCAUCGGAUAUCUGAUCGUCCUGGUCGUUUAUCAUUUUGCUUCCGAUGUCCUUGCUCCGAGAGAGAAAAUCCGACUCAUCACCUGGGGCGGACCCGUGGAGGCUCUCGCCAGCCUCCCUGUGGUGAUAUUCGCGUAUACGUGCCACCAAAAUAUGUUUUCGAUUCUGAACGAGCUCAAGGACAAUACUGCCAAGAGUGUCAUGGGGACCAUUUCUUCUAGUAUUGGCUCUGCGGCUGGCAUCUAUGUGCUAGUCGCUAUCACAGGCUACUUGACGUUUGGCAACGACGUGACGGGCAAUAUUGUGUCCAUGUAUACUCCGUCAAUUGCUUCAACUAUCGCCAAAGCCGCCAUCGUCAUCCUCGUGACAUUUUCUGUCCCUUUGCAGGUCCAUCCAUGCCGAGCCUCAGUCGACGCUGUGCUCAAAUGGCGACCAAACGCUGCCGCCCGCCCGCAAGGUCGGACUCUCUCCCCUGGGGGCCGGCCUCUUCUGCCAACGGCGACGCGGUCAGACCACGGCCCGGCUUCGCACAUCUCAGACACACGCUUCGCUAUCCUAACAACGAUCAUACUUGUAUUAGCCUAUAUCGUUGCACUUACCGUUGUCUCGUUGGAGAGGGUGCUGGCAUACGUCGGCUCCACCGGAAGCACGAGCAUCAGCUUCAUCCUCCCGGGCCUUUUCUAUUACAAGAUCUCUGAUCCAGAUUCGAUCCAUCACCAACGCUUGGCCAAAGAGGAUGACGAUGCGUUAUCGCUCACCGAGUCGGAUGACGAUGGUGACGCGGAAGGAGACGAGGGCCUCCUUGGGGCGAGCGUCUCAAGCGUCCGCAGCGCCGCCAGUGGUUCGAGCAACAGGACCAAAAGCCGAAAGUCGUUUUGGCGGUGGCGGACGAAGUGGAGGUGGGACAUGGAGCAUCUGAGUCCUGUGCAUCUGAGAAGGGCGGCUCUAGGUUUAGCCAUCUAUGGCAUGUGUGUCAUGGCGGUAUGUCUAGCCAUGAACCUGGUUGGGACGUACGCGCAUUGA